AUGUUAAUCCUCAAACUUGUGAUUAGUUUAAUAUUCUUGAGAAUUUCAUUGGUAAUCGCUGGUACCGGCGGUACUGUGAAUAUAACGGAUUUUGUGCAACAUCGUCAGAAAAGACAUCUCAUUUUUCAGAAUGGCGGUACUAUUAAACUGUCACUCGGCCCAUCUAUGCCGGUGCCACUAGACGAUCCGGUUACUUGGCGUGCACUUGUCUGUUCAUAUAAUUUACAAGGUGGACAUUAUACAAUGCCAACAACUCCGCUUUAUCCUUGGGAUAAAUGGGAACAUAUAUUCUCUCGCUCACUUAAAAAAAUAGAAAACAAUAUAAGAGCAGAUAAUGGACGAGAUGAUGCCCGGUUAUUUGUAUACACAGCACUUGAAAACUAUAUGAGCAGAAAGAAUGGAAAUGGACGUGCUUGCUUACUGCGCUCCAUAUGUGAAAAUGCGCAAGUGGAUCAUUAUGUCGGAAUAUUCGGUACAAUUUUAAAUAUUGUGCUAACACCCGGUAAGCAGCAGUUGAAUCCAGUAUAUACAGCGGCGAGUGAGGCUGGUAAACUUGGCGCGGAUUGUAUGAAACUGUAUGCUGAUUGUCCUAGUGGGGCUAAUAUCUUAGAUGGCUUUUUGCAUGAUUGCUUUCGCACGCACACAACACUAAUCUCAACAACAACACCACUAACAAUACCAACAACACCACUAACAAUACCAACAACACCAACAACCAUAAUAACAUCACCAAUAGCGUAA